ACUUUUAGUUUAUUUUCAUUUUCAUUAUUAUUAUGGCAACUAAUUAUUAAAGAAGAUGAUAGGUCAUAACUCACUUGUGAAAUUAGUUCCAAUCGAUUUCACUAUCUACCUAGUUAAUCAAUGUGUCUAUCAUACCUCUAAUAGCCGCAAUUUUCAUAAAAAACCAAUCCAAUUUAUUGUAAGGCUCAAGAAUAAGAAUUAUAACAUUUCACGCAUAUCCGAAUUUAUUUUUGACAUUUACCAAACUGCACGCGAGCAUUAAGCUUACUUUAAUAUUUUCUUUUCAAUUACUAAUAAUUAUACUUGAUAAUAGAAGAAAUUGAGUUUUAAUAAAUAUCAUUGAACUAUUUUAGCACAAUAAAAUCACAGUAUGUUUAAUACUGCAGUAUUAUUUUUAUUGUGUCUCUUCAACCCAGCACCUGGAUAUGAACCACCGUCACCCUUGACACUGGAAUUAAUUCUCGAGAUUUCUAAAUGGCGUUCAUGGAAACAAAUUGUCAUUUUCGAUGAUUUAUCUCCGAAAAAUCACGCUGUAAUGACAUACAUACGACCGUUGAUUCAGUGUUUGAGUCAAGAGGGAAUAAGUGUAUCAAUUCAAUCAGCAAACAAUCCAAAAUUACCAGAAGCGCUACAAAUAAAUAUAUAUCGUAUAGGCGCUAUUGUAUUACUUGACAGUAUUAACAAUACUUCUCCUGAUAAUGUAUUGAAAGUGGCUUCUGCUAAAAGAUUAUUUGAUUAUUAUGUAUCGUGGUUGUUAAUAGCAUCGAGACCUGAAGAUAUAUCAAUAGAUACUCGUCUUCGUAAUCUUACAAUUGGUAUUAAUACCGACGUUAUUGUCGCAACGUCUGUUUAUUCAAACUCUAAUCAACGUGAACCGUCAAAACUUUAUAUAAACAAGACCUGCAGUCCACUCCGAAGUUAUGUUGAAAGUUACAAUUACAAAGAUGCAAUAAUAGAAGAAGAAAUAAAUGAAAAUGUAACAAAAAAUCUUGAUUAUUCCCAGAAACAAAAUUCAAGUGUAUGUUUUUACGUGGUUCAUGUUUACAAAAUAAGAAUAUCAGACAAUUCUAGUCUUAUUGUAGAUCCUUUGGGAUCAUGGAAUCCGGGUGAAUUAAUGCUAAAACUUCCAGUGGAUGUUGAAUUGCGAAAUAAUUUUUAUCAUUUACCACUUAUAAUUGGAAUUCUAAAUGGUACCAACGAAGAUCAAAAUGAAGAAAAUUCAUUGUACGAAGAACAGAUGACAGAAGAUCGUCCACUGAAUGAUUUUAUAAAUUUUCUAGCCAGCAAUUUAAAUGCUAGUUUAGAGACAGUGAUGCAUGAAAAAGUAGGAGUACUUACCAAUAAAGCGUGGACUCAUCUUCUUGGAGAUGUUAACAAUGGAAUCGUUGAUAUUGGUCUUGGGUACAUUACGGUCAAUGAUGAGCGACGUCGUGAUAUGUGUUUUUCACAUCCUCUUAUACGUUAUACAAGAAAUAUUUACAUACGACCACCGGAAUCAGGAUUCAUGCGAGAUAUUUUUCUUCAGCCGUUCAACAAUCGUCUUCUGCUUUGUGUUGCAUUCGUUCAUGUUCUGAUAAUCGUUACUAUCAGUCUCAUAAAUUACAUCACGCGAAAUGUUUUCCGUAAUUGCGGAAGAACCACAACUUUUGGUGAAGCUACACUUUGGUGUACUGCUAUAAUGUGCAUGCAAGGAACACCAUGGAAGCCGAUGACUCUAUCAGGCAAAAUGGCACUAUUAGCUAGUCUUACUUUUGCAUUAGUUAUGUACAAUGCUUAUGCAGGAUUCAUUACUUCAAUAUUAUCUGUUCAAGCAACAGGUAUCAAGACGCUUGAAGAUUUAUUGCAAAAUAAUUUUAAAGUUGGAUACAGUGAUCUUGAUGAUGAAUUUAUGAGAAAUACUAAUGACACUAACUUAAGAAAGUUGUAUAUAAAUGCAUUCAAUACUCGUGAAUCACGUAUUGAUACGAACCAAGGUCUUCAGAAAGCCGUCAAGGGUAGUUAUGGUUUUUUUGCAAGCGCGACACUUGCUAGGAGAACACUUAGAACAUCAUUAAUACAAGAAAGAUGUUCUUUAAAAGAAAUUGAAGUAGGACAAACAUUUACAGUCGUUGCUUUACCCAUGGAAAAAUUUAGUCCUUAUGAAAAAAUAAUUAACCUCAAUAUUUUACGGAUGCUAGAACGUGGAGUUAUUGACAGAAUAGGCGACCGAAUGUUACCUGAUAUGCCCAAGUGCCGGGACCCGACGACAUUCCACAGUGCAAGGAUAGCUGAUGUUUACUCUGCUUUCAUAAUACUUGCAAUUGGAAUCAUGAUAGCUGUUUGUAUUGGCCUCGUCGAAAGGAUUUGGAGCAAAAGACUGAAAUUUAAAAACAAACUACGACAAAUUAUUGAUAUUUACUUGAGGAAAAAGCAAACUUCCGAGGUUCAUAUUAAUAAAAAUAAUCCCAAAGAAUUGCUGAAUGAUUACAUAAAUAAUAUCAACUGUAAUUUACAUUUCAAAACUUAUAAACGCCGAUUGAAAUAUUCAUCGUCUCGAGUAAAAAAAUUCAACCUUAAAGUUAAUUAUGACUGUGACAAACAACUACAGACAAAACAAAUUAUUUUUCCUUUUCGGAAUUAAGAUAUCACAGUUUAUUAUUAAAAAUACAGUAGUAUAGU